GGACGGGAGGGGCGCGCGGAGAUGACGUACAAAUACCGGAAGCCGCUCCCCUGUGUGGCUGAGGAUCGGGAGAGCAGCGGCCUCGGGUCCAGGCGCCAUGGCUGCGGAGCGGACCCGGCCGCUGCAAGGCUCUGGCGGCCCGAGCGCGCCUAAUCGGUGUGAGCCCGGCGCAAGGUCCCGGGCCCCGGGGCGCUCGCUCAGGUAAAUAUUUCCAUAACCUUAUGGAGAGAAAGGACUUUGAGACAUGGCUUGAUAACAUUUCUGUUACAUUUCUUUCUCUGACGGACUUGCAGAAAAAUGAAACUCUGGAUCACCUGAUUAGUCUGAGUGGGGCAGUCCAGCUCAGGCAUCUCUCCAAUAACCUGGAGACCCUCCUCAAGCGGGACUUCCUCAAACUCCUUCCUCUGGAGCUCAGUUUUUAUUUGUUAAAAUGGCUCGAUCCUCAGACUUUACUCACAUGCUGCCUCGUCUCUAAACAGUGGAAUAAGGUGAUAAGUGCCUGUACAGAGGUGUGGCAGACUGCCUGUAACAAUUUGGGCUGGCAGAUAGAUGAUUCUGUUCAGGACGCUUUGCACUGGAAGAAGGUUUAUUUGAAGGCUAUUUUGAGAAUGAAGCAACUGGAGGACCAUGAAGCCUUUGAGACCUCAUCAUUAAUUGGACACAGUGCCAGAGUGUAUGCACUUUACUACAAAGAUGGACUUCUCUGUACAGGGUCAGAUGACUUGUCUGCAAAGCUGUGGGAUGUGAGCACAGGGCAGUGUGUUUAUGGCAUCCAGACCCACACAUGUGCAGCAGUGAAGUUCGAUGAGCAGAAGCUUGUGACAGGCUCCUUUGACAACACUGUGGCCUGCUGGGAAUGGAGUUCCGGAGCCAGGACCCAGCACUUCCGAGGGCACACGGGGGCGGUGUUUAGCGUGGACUACAAUGAUGAACUGGAUAUCUUGGUGAGUGGCUCUGCAGACUUCACUGUGAAAGUUUGGGCUUUAUCUGCUGGGACAUGCCUCAAUACACUCACCGGGCACACGGAAUGGGUCACUAAGGUGGUUUUACAGAAGUGCAAAGUCAAGUCUCUCUUGCAUAGCCCUGGAGACUAUAUCCUUUUAAGUGCAGACAAAUAUGAAAUCAAGAUUUGGCCAAUUGGGAGAGAAAUCAACUGCAAGUGCUUAAAGACAUUGUCUGUCUCCGAGGAUAGAAGUAUCUGCCUGCAGCCAAGGCUUCAUUUUGAUGGCAAAUACAUUGUCUGUAGCUCAGCACUUGGUCUCUACCAGUGGGACUUUGCCAGUUAUGAUGUUCUCAGGGUCAUCAAGACUCCUGAGGUAGCAAACCUGGCCUUGCUUGGCUUUGGAGACGUCUUUGCCCUGCUGUUUGACAACCGCUACCUGUACAUCAUGGACUUGCGGACUGAGAGCCUGAUUAGCCGCUGGCCUCUGCCAGAGUACAGGAAGUCAAAGAGAGGCUCCAGCUUCCUGGCAGGCGAAGCAUCCUGGCUGAAUGGACUGGAUGGGCACAAUGACACAGGCUUGGUCUUUGCCACCAGCAUGCCUGACCACAGUAUUCACCUGGUGUUGUGGAAGGAGCAUGGCUAAUGCCACAAGCUGCCACCACUGACUGACUUUGGGUACCGGGACAGUGGGUUUUCAGUGCAACCUCUGUGGCGGCCGACUGCAUGAACCAAAGUUCUCACCCAAUGGUAUCAUCACGCAGUGCACAAUCACUUAUCUAUGUUUGCCAGUGGCCAGGGCUUGGGGCGGGGGUGGGCUUGUUUUAUUGACAUACAACACAGCAUGCUAAUGGGGUACACCAUUGACUUCAUUUGUACUUAGUUAUGUUGCUCAGUAUAAGGAUGAUUUGGGACUCAUCUUUCUUGAAUGGAAUACUGAUUUUAAGAAAGUUAAAAUGAUUCAUUAAGUUGCUAAUUGGUUGCCUAUAAAAUCACAUUGAGUCUGCUAUUAAAGCUUUUUACCAUA